GGCUAUAAAAAGUAAGUAGAAACAGAGAUAAGUGUGUUGAAAAUGUAUUUGAAUCUGUUAAAUAGGAAGGAAAGGGGAAGAAGAUGGAUACAGAUGUUGAUGCGGAGAUCGUGAUCGUCGGAGCUGGUAUUUGCGGCCUUGCAACAGCCCUUGCUCUUCACAGGUUUUCUCUUCUUCAAGGUAUAAAAACUAACAUUUUUAUCUCAUAUCAUUUACCCAAAAAAAUGACAAAAAUGUAUGUUUUCAGGGGAAGAUUCGUAUCUCUUAACGAGGUUGAGCCAAUGGAAUUUCCAUUCGGUGUUAACAAGGAAUUUCGUUGUUUAAAGCGCACUGAUCUGGUGAAAGUCAUGGCCGAUAAUUUACCAACAAGGACUAUACGUACCAAUUGUCAAGUGCUUUCUGUCGAAUUAGAUCCUGUAACAAAGUUUCCACACCUUAUGCUUAGCAAUGGAAGUGUUCUUCAAGCUAAGGUUGUUAUUGGAUGUGAUGGUGUGAAUUCUGCCAUUGCAAGCAUGUUUGGGUUACACCGAACCACACUCAGGCUCUUCUCUACGAGUGUUGCACGAGGCUUCACAAAUUAUCCAAAUGGUCAUCGAUUUUCCAGUGAAUUUGUGAUGAUGAGCAAAGGUCAAGUCCAACUUGGAAGGCUUCCAGUGACAGACAAACUUGUUUAUUGGUUUGUGACAAGGCUAAGGACUUCUAAAGAUUCAAAAAUCUGGAAAGACCCAGUGCUCAUUAGACAAUCGUUGAUGGAGUCAAUGAAAGGUUUCCCAGAAGAGGCGAUGGAAAUGAUGAGAAAUAGCAAGUUGAGCUUCUUGCAUCUCACCGAGUUGAAGUAUAGGCCACCGUGGGACUUGCUCUUCAACAACUUCAGGAAAGGAACGGUAACAAUUGCUGGUGAUGCAAUGCAUCCCACAGGCCCAUUUGUUGCACAGGGUGGCUCAGCCUCCAUAGAAGAUGCCAUUGUUCUUGCUAGAUGUCUUGCACAGAAGGUGUUCGAUAAUAAGAACAAGACAGAGGAAACGGCAAUAAACAGUGCAAUGGCAGAGGAAGCGUUUGAUCAAUAUGUGAAAGAAAGGAAAAUGAGAAACUUUUGGCUCUCUUUUCAUUCUUUCCUUGUUGGUAAGAAGCUUGACACAACAUCAUCCAUAAUCAGAUUCAUUAUCCUUGCAAUCAUGUCCACUCUAUUUAGAGACCCCGAUUGGCAUUCCCGUUAUCAUUGUGGAAAUCUAUAGGAACAUCAAGCUUUGGAUAUUCAUAUAAUUUCAAAUACUAUUCUAUUGUAUAUCAUGAUCAUUAAUAUUUUAUAUUCCAAGUCCAAAACCCUCACACCAUGUUAGUCAUGUUAAUAAAUUAGUAGUUUUUAGGUGUUAUGGCUUCAGUACUCAAAUUUGUUGCCAUUUAGGUGAUGUAAUGUAACAUAUGGUUGGUAUCUAUUGAUUUUAUUAAUAUGUUGUAAGGUUAGUGUAAACUAUAAAGCCAUUUUAUUCAUGGUUGUUAUUUAAUAAUAGAGCCUUUCAACUCCCAUUCUAAAUUGUCGUAGUUCUCAUUUCAGGAGCUUCGAGUUUUUAACAAAAUGAUAUUAGAACGUUGAAAAU